UGUUUUUCAACCACUGUUCCGCGGCACACUAGUGUGCUGCGAGAUGUUGCCUGGUGUGCCGUGGGAGAAUUACUUUAUAUAUAGUCAAUAUAGGCACAGAGUUAAUUUUCUUUAACAUUUUCUAAUGGUGGUGUGCCUCGUGAUUUUUUUCAUGAAACAAGUGUGCCUUUGCCCAAAAAAGGUUGAAAAACACUGGCUUAUGCCACACUAUUUAUUAACAAGGUUGUUGAUCUUUUCAGAGUUGUUCAACUGGAUUUGCCAAAAAGGAUUAACAUGGCUAACUCUCUGGAAUUUAUCACACACUAACUUAUCCACACAGAUCUGAAAGUGCCGGGUGUUUUCACGCAUGACAUUAAAAAUAAUCUUUGACCCCCUGUGCGCACGUUAGAGAGAAUAUCACUAAUCCGGGGCAGAAAACAGACACUUUAGAACCGAGACGUGGCAAAGUAGUCAGUACUAGUGCAAGAAGGAACUGCAAAUCCUUGUUGAGCUUGUAAACGUGGCUUUAGGUUCACUCAAACAGAGGCUGGAACAUUAUCUUUAUUGUUUGAGUGGGAAAGUCACCUCUGUGGGAGGAGUUCCAGGAUUUACCGGUAAUUGCUUUAGGCAAAGCUUUUUGUGCCACAGCAGGAAGAACCGCCUGACACUCACACCAAAGGCUCAGAGAAUACCCAGCAGCUGAACACCAUGGCUGGGAAACCCAAGCUUUAUUAUUUCAAUGGAAGAGGGAGGAUGGAAUCCGUUCGCUGGCUGUUAGCUGCUGCAGGUGUCGAGUUUGAAGAAGAGUUUUUGGAAACGAGAGAGCAAUAUGAAAAGUUAAUAAAAGAUGGAUUUCUGCUCUUUCAGCAAGUCCCCAUGGUUGAAAUUGACGGAAUGAAGCUAGUGCAGACACGAGCUAUCCUCUACUACAUUGCUGCAAAACACAACCUCUAUGGGAAAAACCUGAAGGAGAGAGCACAAAUUGAUAUGUACGUGGAAGGAACAACCGAUCUGAUGGGAAUGAUCAGGGUUCACCACAAAUCACCUCCUGGAGAAAAAGAGAAGAAUCUUAGUUUAAUCAUUGAACGAGCCACGAAAAGAUACUUCCCAGUUUAUGAGAAGGUUUUAAAAGAGAACGGGCAACCUUUCCUUCUUGGCAACCAGUUGACCUGGGCUGACGUCCAACUGAUUGAGACCCUGUUAAUGGCAGAAGAGAAGGAGCCCACCAUUCUCUCACAGUUUCCUUUGUUGCAGAACUGCAUUGCAAAAUUCAGAGAAGUGCCUAUUUCCAAGGGGUAGCUGUGUUUCGGUUAGCAUUUUGGUUUGGAAAGUAUGAAUUAUUGGAUUACUGUUGCGGCUUUCCCCAAGAGACUUCAGGAACUGACAGUCGUUGUUUGGGGCUGCAGUCAGCAAACUCUCACUUCUCAGGAUUCGGGCCUGACACUUACACUGGCUUCAAAUUUGUUCAGCACUGUAAUUUUUAGAUUCCAGACCUAACUUCCUUGCUCUGAAUGAUUUGCAACAUUUGCAAUUUUAGGCUUUUAAAGCAAGAAUGUGUGAUGUCCCUACGAUUAAGAAGUUCCUUCAGCCUGGAAGCCCAAGGAAGCCUCCGCCCGAUGAAAAAUUUGUAACAACAGCAAACAGGGUUUUCAACAGGAAAUGAAAACUGGGCAUAAG